UUAGAAUUAAGUUCAUGAAUCCAGAUGGAUCUCUAUUACAAUCCCCAAAGAGGGCACUUUAAGUUGAUGAUUACUUCUAUGUGUAGAAAUCUUUAUUAAGAAUUGAAUCACUAGUUAUUUUUAUAUCUUUUUUUCCAAAUAGUUCAAGAAAGACCACUACAAAUGAGCAAUAUUUUGCACUGUUAUAGAAUUUAUUAAAUCAGAAAUUGAUGACAUAGUGCUGUAUUUUACUGCAUCUCUUUUUUUCAACCAAAAAUGCUUUGCUUUGAUUAGGGGGUACUUGAAUUAAAAAAAUGUUCAAACGGGGUACAUCACUGAAAAAAGGUUGAGAACCACUGCUCUAAGGUAAGAGCCCCAACAAGAAUUGUUUCACUUUUUGUCAAGAUCUUUAUUCCUAUCUAGUCUUUGAUCAUAUAAUUUAGGUUACUUUAAACAAAGCAUGAUAUGUAAAACGUAAGAAAGAAUGUAUCAUUAUGUCUGAAAUGACUAUAACAAGCAUGAAGUGAUUAGAGGCAAAACUUCUUCUAACAGUUAAUUUUUUUCUUCAACCAGGAUGCUAGUAUUUUUGUCCAAUGUGCAUUUGUACCGAACAGUUUACAAGGUAAUUGGGAACCUACGAGUUCAUCCAAGAGCUGCAAAGGAGAUUAGCGUGGCUGCUUAGCUUAGUUACCUCCAAUGAGGACGAGGAUGAAGGAGGGCAGCUGCACCAUCUGUCCGCCAAGUGGUCACUUCACUGCCGCGCUCAAUGGAGACCAGUCUGGAACUGGACGUCUUGAUUUACCCCAACGAGGUGAGGAUCGCAACCCCCGAGGACCUCCGAGAAUGGGAGCUGGAAACCGCCAGUCAGGUGUCCGAAGCUGCCUACCCUCGACUCUUCGUGGCGCUCUACCCUUACAACCCUGCGUCCAUGUCGCCCAAUCCUGACACUGCGGCCGAGGAGUUGCCCUUUGUGCCCGGACAGAUCAUCAAGGUGUUCGGGGACAAAGACUGCGACGGCUUCUACCACGGAGAAUCGGGCGGCCUCUCGGGCUACGUGCCGAGUAACAUGGUGGCCGAAGUCCCAGUGGAUGACGACUAUCUCAAGCAUCUGCUCAUGCAGCAGGGCUUCAUCCCUGUGGACCAAACAGGAAUGUCUUUGACUCCGGAUGUGAGCGAGGUGUCCAGUGUUCCCGAAGGCACGGUAGUACGCCGAAUGGUGGCCAUAUUUGACUACGACCCCUGGGAAAGUUCUCCUAAUGUUGACAGUGAAAAUGAACUGGGCUUUUGUUCGGGUGACAUCAUUUAUGUUUUAGGAGACAUGGAUCCAGACGGAUUCUAUUACGGUGACCUUAAAGGAAGACGAGGCUUGGUCCCGUCCAACUUCCUGCAGCUUUUACCGUGGGAUUAAAAUAUUAGCUUGUUUGCUAAUGAAUACACAUGAACAAUUCUAUCCCGCCAAUGCUAAUUAAAUCUAAAUUAAUUAACCAGUUCUAACCUAAUCCAUAUGCACAACAAGACACUGAUUAACAACAGAGUUACCUGUGCACUUUUAUUGAAACAAACCACUUGUACAAAAAAAACAUACAAACUAAAAAAAAAAAUCACUUUUUGUAAGAAAUGUAUUUAGAAAUAACACAACAGCUUACAUUGUUCAACAUUUUUGUAUAUAUUUUUUAUACAUUUUUUAUUUUGGCCUUGUACAGUUGUAUUAUACUUUUUAAGCUUUGUUGCACCGUACUAUGUGAAAAAAAUACCAGAUGUCAGAUAAAUAUUGAGCAAAUUAUUGUAUUUAAUCUUUUUUGUAUUCUGUUUCAAUAUUUAAGCAAUGUCUCUCCUGCUUUUGCAAAUAAAGACCAACAUUUUAAGCAGUGCUUAUUAGAUUUUUUUUCGCUAUAGAGGAAAAAAAAAAAAGAAAAACUAACAACAGCAUCAAUUUAUAUUCCAUUUUCAAUUGAAUGAGACGACGUCGCUCCUUG